AUGAUAGAUCAAGUGAAAACUCUUUCAUCAUGGGCAGAUAGAAGAGGAGCAAAAGAUGAAGAAAGUAUACCAAACAACUUUCUAUUGUCGAUCAUGUAUUAUUAUCAAUUCAAUCGAUCGAUUACUGUAGAUAGAACAAAGGAGAUGAAUAUGGAGACAUCAGUCGAGAGGGAACAAAAGUGUAAAGAUUAUGCACUACUUGUUGAAUGGAAAAAGAAUAGAGAUACUCAAGAACCAAAACAUCCAUUCUACAAUGCAUCAAAUUGGGUUCGUCAAGAGACUCUAGAUGGUAGUUUGAAAACAAGACAUCCAUUAUACGAUAUGUUGGUCUACUUGGCCAAUCAAUAUCGUGUAGACUAUGAAAAGAAUCCAUCGGACGACACCAUUAAAUCACUCUAUGGAACCACUUGUUAUUGUUUGGGUGUGUUACACAAGUAUAGAUGGGGUGUUGAAGAAGACAAGAGCAAUACAUUAAAGUAUUUAAUGAUGGCUGCAGACGUUGGUGAAAUACAUGCUUGCUACUUGGUUGGCAUGGUCUACUACUUUGGAACUGCCGAUCCAUCACAAUCAAAGAUUAAAAUAGGUGAUUAUAAACCAACCAACUCUUCAAAGUACUUUAAAUACCAAGAGUAUGGAUACUCGGAUGAUAUUGGAUCCGACGCCAAGAUCUACCACGUCAUUGCUGAACAAAACUUUUUCGUUGCUCGUGACUACUUGUUCAAGGCUGCUCAAGCUGGAAUAAAACAAUCCAGAAACCUCAUUGGAAGAAUGCAUAUUAAUGGUGAAUCGUUUCCGCAAUGCGCGAAAAAAGCUAGAGAGUGGCAUUUCAAGGCAGACGAGUAUGGUAUAUUUGGAUAUUACAAGUUCUACUUUCAAGGUAGAUUUGUCAAGCAAAACUAUGACCUCAUCAUUGCAGAGAAUCGUCAAGACUCUCACGCCGUCAUACUCCUCAAAGCACUAUGUCUAGAUAGUCUUGGUAAAAAGGAAGAAGCUAAAAGGCAGGUUGCUCACGUCAACUUGGAUCUACCUGAAAUUCUCGAUCUAUUUCGUGAGACCUAUCUCCCAACCAUCCCCUUCAACUCUAUUAAAUUGGAUGGAUUUAUCAAUCAAGGAUGGCAUGGAGAGUUGCACAAGAUUAGAAUUGGUGAUAACUAUUAUGCCCUUAAAGUGGCAAAGGCUACAAAUGAUCCUACCACUGUCACCUCUUUUCAAAAGGAAGCUGAAAUCUCAAUGCUUCUCACUCAUCCAAAUGUAGUUCAAGUACACGGUUCAACAAUUAUGGGUGAUAACAAAGUAGGAAUCAUUAUGGAAUUUAUAGAAUCUAGUUUAAAGGAUAAAUUAUUUAAUAUAGAUCAUCAAGAAUGGCGUAAAUUAGUUAAAGAUGAUUUCAUUCAAAAAGAAAAAGAACAAUCACUUGUAGAUUCCAUUUUAUUCAAAAUUUUAAAACAAAUUAUUACUGGUAUGGAGUAUCUUCAUUCUCAAGAGAUUAUACAUCGUGACCUCAAAUCUGGUAAUAUUUUAAUUGAUUCUAAUAAUCAUAUUAAAAUUUGUGAUAUGGGUCUAUCAAUGGUUGAAAAUACAACUAAAACUGGUGUACAAGAACAAUAUGAUUUUGAAAGAAAAUUAAUAGACAAGUCUACAAAACUUGACCCAGAUAUAUUUAGAAACAAAGAGAUUGAUGUUAUAGCUUUUGGCAUAGUGAUUUAUGAUAUACUUAAAAGUCUUGAAAUAGAAACUGGUUAUUUCAGUGAACUUGCAGUUAAAUGUCAAACCCCUUAUUAUUUUAGUAAUCAUUUUGAAGAUCUAUUGUCCAUGUUUCAAGAUGACCAAGAGAAACAACAACAACAACAAGUCAAUACAAAACAAAUCAAAAAUAAUAACAACACAAUUGAAAGGGAAAAAGCCAAAGAGAUGGUAGAAAGAGAAAAGGGACGUAAUUAUACAAAGGCAGCAAUGUCUGCCUAUCAACUGGGAAUGAUGUCAUUUAGACAAAACAAGGUAUCGGAAGCUUUCCAAUACUUUAACAACCACUCUCUCUACUACUUUCCAUCGGCCCUUAUGGCAUCGUAUUGUUACUCUAGUGGAAAUGGAGUCAAUGUCAACCCAGAACAGGCAUUCAAAUGGUGUGAAAAGGCCUAUUUCGAAGGAUCAAGUAUCGAUUUGGAUAGUGACGAACACGAUGUCUAUGAUGCCAGCCAAUUACAAUUUCUCAAGAGUCAACUAGAGAGAGCCACCUUUGUAUUGGGACUUUACUAUUAUAAUGGAAAAGGCAUUAAAAAGGAUGAAAGCAAGGCAUUGGAACUGUUUAACAAGGUCAAACAUACUGCCGAAGCAUCUAGACUCUUAUUCAAAUACCAUUAUUCUAAAAACGAAAUGGAUAUUGCCAAUCAAUACUAUGACAGUUUUAUCAACUUGUUCAAACCUCAUUACAAAUCCUAUUAUCUAAAGUUGAUCGACAAACUCCGUGUCCCAAUCGAUCAAUUAACAACUCUUAGUGGUGGACUUUUAAAAGAUUAUGAUGCUCAUACUCUUUCACAACUCAACAGAAUCAACUAUAAUGGUUCUCAAUAUGAAUUUCAAUUCUUUAAAGUUGAACCAAAUAAUUUAAAUGUUGAGGCAAUGAUUUAUUUUGAUAUUCAAAAACAAAGUAAUACAGGACAUUUAGCAUUACAAAGAUUUUAUCAAUUUGCAUAUGAUCAAGAAUUGGGAUAUUUAGUUUAUUUAAAAGAAAUAAUGUUAUUACCAACUUUGGAACAAUUCCUUCAAACUACUACUAGUCCAUCACCCAAGAUUUGUUUAUCAAUUCUAAAGUCAUUGUCAAAUGCCAUGCAUAUUCUUCAAGAGGAUGAUAAUCUUGACAAACUAAUGAUCAUCUUGAAUCCAAGCAAUAUUUAUAUCAAACAAGUGGAAAAGGAUAAGGUCUAUGAUGUUGUUUUAAAGAAUGACUUUAUCUUGUCGAUUCAACUAAAUACUUUACCACAAUACAAUGAUUUUAAUGAUAUUGAUUCUUUUAGACCUCAAACAGUUGAAUCGUAUUUCCAUAUGGUAGAUUAUGUAAAGAAAUGUUGUCCACAACUAGAUCAUUCUAUUGACCAACUGAACGAAUCUUUUAACGGUAUGUCUCAAGACUUGUCCUUGACAUUCUCAAUGGUCACACAAUAUCUUGGAACUUUGAUCCAAAUUGCUUGUACAAAUACACUCAGAGAUAUAUUUAUAGAAUGUCUGUCAAAUCAAAGCUCUUUAUGGCCGCUUUCAAGAGAAAGUUAA